CAGAUUGCUGUUUUUUUAUUUUUGGUUGUUAUCGUAACAGUGCUUGCAAUAUACGGAGGGCUCAGCCAAGGUGCUAUUAUGAGUUUGCUUGGUUUUGUGCCAUUUUUUAUGUCAGGUUUGAAUAAGAAAAAAAAGAAAGAGCGACGUAGAAUGUCGUUCAUUAAGAAAAUAAGGUCUUCAGAAGAAAAAUUUGAAAUGGUUGAUGAAAGUAAAGUCGUUGAAACAUCAAUCUGUGUAAGAGACUUCACACUAGCAACUGCAAAAGAACAACGACGGAAGAAAAUUUCUUAUUCCCGAAUCUUUUCAUUCUUCCGUAGCAAACCAACACCUUCAAAAGAUAUUUUCACAAUUUCCGGGGAUAUUUGUGAAAUGGAUGACCUUGAAAAUGGAAGAAGUUAUAAUGGAAAGAGGAAAAAACAAAAAAAAGACAAAGAAAGGGAUUACUUUUCUUCAUUAGACCAAAUUCUGCUAUCUCUUCUUAAUGUUGGCAUGAUGAGAAAAUGUUGAUUUACUUGAAAUGAAAAGAUGUUCAAGUUUUUUAUUCAUUUAAUAAUUAUUAUUAAAUAAUAAAUAGUUUUUCAUUUUCAUUAAAUAGAUAUUCAAAAGCAGAUACUUUCAUAGAGAUUUAAUUAUCCAGUUGUAAUAAAUCUCUUUUGAGGUAACAUUAAUGACUAUCAAA